AUGUUGUUGACCACAUACCUUGUUUUGUCCUCCACAGGUAAGAUUUAUUCUGCUGCUUUUGCCCAACUCUUAAAACCUAAGAAAGCGAUUGAGUUGAAUAUUUUUUAUAGACUCUGAAACUUUCUGUAGUUUUGGUAAAACAUUUCCCACUUUUUCCUUAAACGUGCAUCUGAUUUCUAAUGUUUCAGUCACAGGGCAAUGUAGAGAUCCUCAAGCGGUGUUAAAAAGUCAGGGGUGAAAAACUGCAGCCGUUAACGGUCCUUGUGGCGUUUCCCCUCCACAGUGCUUCCAGCCCACCUUUUGUUCCUGUAUCCAACUCAGAGGUUCCAGUUUGUGGUGAUUGGAGAGUCGGCACAGAUUAAGUGCACUUCUGCCGAAAAAAUUGAGGACGGCGGAUUAUCAUUCAGUUGGUAUAAAAGAAGAGAAAGCAGAUUUCCAGUUUUAGUCAAACGUUGUAACGAUGGAGAAACUAGGGACAGAUUUGUCUGCAGAGCUAAAGCUUACAGUCAAAACUCAGUGCUGGAGAUCUUGAAUGUCCAGAGGUCGGAUUCUGGCAUAUAUUUCUGUGUCACAACAAAUUAUAAUGUCAGCAAAGGAUUAUGCCUACUGGUUGUUGGAGGUAAGAGAUUAGGUCUGAGAUUUGCACUAGAACCACUGAGUGGUGCAGUUAAAUUAGCAUCCGUUCUCAAGAUCAUCUCAUAUGUUGCAGGCAAGGCUGUUGUUGAAUUCUAGCCCUGCUCUUACAUAUUUCAUCCUGUCACAAAAUACCAGAAACCAGCCUCAUUCGGCCUCCAUUGGCACCAAGAAUUUCAUGGAGGGUCUGCCAUAUCCCUCAACUGCUCGGCUGUUUCCUACGAUUCUCUCUAAGAAACUGCUCUGGCCUUUGCAGGAGCAAAACAUUAGCCCAGCCCUUCCCCAUAGCAUUUAAGGGGGCCUCACCCCAAACCUCCUGACGAAGAUACAGCUUUCCUAGAACAAUUGAGAAAGGCAGAUCCAUCCUAGGGAUCCUUAGGAAUGGAUAAAAAUUAAAACCGCCCGCAUUAUAAUUGCAUGACACAAAUAUCUCAUGCAAGCCACAAUUGGGAUACUGUGUACAGUUCCAGUUACCUCACCUGAAAAGGGAUAUUGUAGAGCCAGUAAAGGUUCAGAAGAGGAUGUAGGAGUUUGGUGCUUUUUAGUUUUUAGAAAGGGCAAAUAAGAGGGGGCAGGAUAGAGGUGGAUGAAAUUAUGCAAUGAUGAAUCUCUCCUCUCCCUGUUUUUUUCUCAUCAGACAGUUAUACCCCAAGCACCCGGGUGAUGCUUUUAAAACCCUCUAAGCAAGGGCCAUCUUCCCAGCUGGAAAACCAGCUCGCUUGCGUGGUCCAUGGAGCGUGCAACUUAGUCCGGGUUUCCUGGGACGUCCCGGGAGGUCUCCCUCAUGAGGCCCGGACCCUUUUAGCAAAAAACAACAGUGGAUCCUUAACCUUUGUCAGUCUCCUUCGCUUCCCCAUGGAAUUACACAGCAGUGGGGGAAAUAUCACCUGCGAAGUCAAGUUCAACUCCUCCGGCACCAGCGUGAAAAGGACCGCCAUGUUCAAUGCAUGUGAGUGAUGCGUUGUUGUCUUCUGUCGACAGCAGAAAUUCCUGAGUAAGCAAAGCUGGGGUGUUUUUUUUAUAUAUUCUUUCUCUCCUUUUUUGAAAGCUUCUUCCACACACGAUAACGGGAACUGCCAAGUCUACACAGUGUUCUUUGCUGUCGUUGGUGUGUUGGCAUCACUGCUCAUCUUCCUGAGUUUUAUUUGGAUCCAAAUUGGCCCAGGUAAUAUGAGGAGCUACACUCAGGAAAGAACCAUGACAAUAUGCCCUAUGUCAGUGUCUCUUUACGCAGAGGGCAAAAGGAAAUUUUGCUGCCUGUAGUGCACAAGGCAGACGGGGCUUCCCACUAUUUCUUUUAUGUUUUAAUUAGCAAGAUAUAUAUCACUUAAUCAACAAAAAUCAGUUGUAUGAAACAGUGCAAAAUGUGCAUAAGAAAAUACUGUAAAAAUCAAAUAUUAAAUUUGUGUAUGUGUGUAUCAGGGUGGUCCAACCACUUUUUGGCAGCCCUCGACAACAUUCAAGGGGGGGGGGAAUCUUAAAGCCUUUUUUUAAAGUGUGUCAUGUGUUGUUAAUGAUAGCACGUGCAUCUGUUUUUGUGUUAAAUUUGUUUAAUAAUCAAAUAUAGUAAAACUGUUUUGCUCCGAAGGGUGUCACACCAAGAUCUCUGGACCUCCUCCUUCAGAGGAAAUACAGGUAAGGGCUCUUUUUAAAAUAUAGAUGGGUGAUAGGAAUGGGGAAUAAAUUUGAUUCCGUUUGCAUUAAAUUCAGAACUAUCAAAUUUGCACUUUCUGGAACACUAUGAGAACCAAAACACAGCCAUCCUUUGAAGUUUGCACUUGCCGCAAUUUUGCCCAAAUUUUGCAAUGUCGUUCUCCAUCCAAACAGUGUUCACAAAAAUGAAUAUAUUUGUGAAAAUAAUGUACAAAAAUGCAUCCCAUUAGGGAUAAUUACUUGAGAAAAUCUGUUCAUGAGUCAGAAGUGCAUACAAAAUGAAAUCUGCACUAAAAUGUUGUAUGGUUUUCAUGAAGCUUUUUAAAAUAAAAAAAUCACAAAUUGCUGCAGAAAUAAUGAUGAUGAUGAUGAUGAUGAUAAUUUAUUAGUUAUACCCCACCCAGCUGGCUGGGUUUCCCCAGCCACUCUGGGCAGCUCCCAAAAGAAUUAAUGAUAAUAAUAUUAAUAAAGUGAUAAAACAUCAGACAUUAAAAGCUUCCCUAGAUGUGGAGAACUGUAUUUAAAACUGGAAAAAUGAGAAACGGAGACAGAGAGGUCUGGAUGCUUCUCACAUGGCCAAAAAGGUGUUGAAUUUAAGCCAUCAAGCAACUAACAGCCCUCUCCUCCAAAUUUUAUAACAGGAUGGAAUUUGCUAUGGCCAGCUGGACUUUCAGGCAAGACCUAAGAUGAGAGGAAAAGAAGACCAGCAGUGCAAGGGAAGAAAUCCAAAAUUUUGAAGGACGUCUGAGAAGCAUCAGUUGCUAGACUCUGCUUUGGGAGGAUAUACAGUGGUACCUCGGGUUAAGUACUUAAUUCGUUCUGGAGGUCCGUACUUAACCUGAAACUGUUCUUAACCUGAAGCACCACUUUAGCUAAUGGGGCCUCCUGCUGCUGCCGCGCCACCGGAGCACGAUUUCUGUUCUCAUACUGAAGCAAAGUUCUUAACCUGAAGCACUAUUUCUGGGUUAGCGGAGUCUGUAACCUGAAGCAUAUGUAACCUGAAGCGUAUGUAGCCUGAGGUAUCACUGCACCAUAUUUUUCGCUCCAUAAGAUGCACUUUUUUCCUCCUAAAAAGUAAGGGGAAAUGUCUGGGCGUCUUAUGGAGCGAAUGUGUGGUCGAUUACUGGCUCCUUUCUGCCCCCUUGCCCAGGUCUCCAUUGUUGAAUGUUCUGCAGACGGAGGCUGACUGGCUGAUUAGAUUAUCUGUCUGGAAACUGUAGAAACGGCUCCCUUUCCUUUCCUAAAGAAGCUGCAGAACUCUGAGUUGAACCCCAUAAAAACAGGAUUUUGUCCCUUUGCAAAGUAAGCUCAACAACUUUGAGCUGACCCACAAAAGAGAAGGGGCUUUUCCCCUUUGCAAAAGAAGCUGCACAACUUUGAGCUGAUCCUCAAAAAAGGGGCUUUUCCCCUUUCCUCCUCUAAAAACUAGGUGCAUCUUAUGGUCAGGUGCUUCCUAUGGAGCGAAAAAUACGGUGUGUGUGUAUGUGUGUGUGUG